CUUAGCUUCGUCUACUAGCAUCACUAAAUAACGUCUCUUAGCUCUAGUUAGCUAUCGUGAUUUAAAAACUCGUGGUAAAGGAGUUGUUUGAUGUUCUUGGUGACUUAUUCACUGAGUGAACAUGAGUUUAGACUCACUUUAUCGACAAAUUCUUCUAAGUGAACAUCAUCUGAGCGAGCGGGCGCAGAAAUUGAAAGAUGUCAAAGCAGCUAUCGCGAGAAGCAACGAGAGGAUCAACAACGAGAGAGCUAACUACCAGCAGACCAAAGAGCAGCUGGAGUUAAAGGCUCAGCAGUCGUCCACCAUGAGGCUGCAGUGUGAUCUGAUGAAGAAAAGUGAGGAGCAGAUGUUGAAACAAAUCGAGGAACUGCUUUGUCAGAAGAACCACCUCAGGGAACAUCUAGAUAAGAUAAGGAAAACGUCUAAAGAAGAGGAGGAAAUGUUUCGUCAAGAGAUCUCAAGGUUCAACAGUGAUUUCAGUCUUCAGAGAAGCAGAGCACCAGGGCCCGAGAACCAGCUUGAGUCUGACCUCCUGAGGCUGGAUCAGGAGGUGGAAGCCUUACACAAAGAGAUGGAGCUGAUGAGGUGCAGCCACAGCAAUACGAGGUCCUCAGAUGAGGAGAUGAGGAGACUCCUGCUGGAGCUUCAGGGCGUGGACUACACUCAGAAAGCUGUGGAUCAGCAGCUGGAGGAGGCUCGGACUACCACAGAGUCUCUGAGGUCUGAGCUGCAGUCUGCCAGUCACAAACAUCUGACUGACAGCACCUGCCUCAGACUGAGGAAGGAGCUGGAGAUGCUUAAAGACGAAAAUCUGGAGCAUCAACGAGGGUCACUGCGCUCACAGAUCGAGUUCCUCCAGUCGAAAUUGAACAACCAGCAGGAAAAUCAGCAGCGCUAAAGCAGACACACACAUGUGAUUCUGCAUGUUCACAAACAAGA